CUUGAGCUUUCAGUCACGUCACGUGUAACGCUUCCACCGGACCAAAAGUACCAGGUAUCUUUUGAAAAGUAGACCCACAUUUCGGAAUCGCGUUGCCUUUCUAACUUUCAAGGUUCAUCGACUCCGAAUCUUGAAUACCUCCAUCAUCAGCAACCUCGACUGCGUAUUUUUACCUGGCCGAAGAUUGCCAACUCCUUCCUUUGAUAACUUCAAUCAUGCCUCGACGUCCCGGUCGCGCAGCAGCCAAGCGUGCUGCUGCAAAACUCGAGAGCACUCCCAGGGCUCUGGAAGAGAUCGAGGAUGAGCCCAUGCCCGAUGUCGAGGGUUCUGAUGCAGAACAACAAGUAGAUCCAGAGGAGCAAGAGAAUGAGGAAGACUCAGGCGCGGAGCCUGAAGAGAACCAAGAUUCCGAUAUUCCCUCCGUGAAAUCCCCUUCCCCUCCCCCUCAACCUGUCAUCCGACGACGACGCCUAGGCCGUCCUCCCAAGAACCGACCACCGGAUUGGGACUCUCUGCCUCUCGAGACCCCUCAACGCGAUCCUAAUGAUCCUCCCCGACGACGCGGCCGUGGUGGCUGGAGGGGACGAGGUGGUCGCAAGGGAGCUUCUUAUCAACCUACUCAACAAACCAUCGAUAAAGAAGGCAAUAUGAUGGAUAUUGUCGAUGAUGAGGUCGCUUUACCGGAGGAUCCUGAAGGAGAGACCAAGGUUGACAAGUCCGGAAAUCUACAAGGUGGUCGCGAGUAUCGUUGCCGUACAUUUACCGUUGCAGGCCGAGGAGACCGACUCUACAUGUUGUCGACCGAACCUGCCCGCUGUGUAGGAUUCCGAGACUCUUACCUCUUCUUCACGAAACACAAGCGACUCUACAAAAUCAUCGUAGACGAUGAUGAGAAGCGUGACAUGAUUGAACGAGAUAUUAUACCCCAUUCCUACAAGGGCCGUGCCAUAGGAAUAGUAACGGCUCGGUCGGUUUUUCGGGAAUUUGGCGCGUUGAUCAUCGUAGGCGGGAAGCGGGUCUUUGACGACUACGAAGUUGCGAAGGCCAGGGCUGAGGGCGUUGUCGAAGGUGAACUCGCUGAUCCUAACGACAAGUUUAUCGAGGGCGAAGAGUACAACAAGAAUCAAUAUGUAGCUUGGCACGGUGCAAGUGCCGUCUAUCACUCCGGUGCGCCUUCUGUCCCCACGCAGAAUGGUAAAGUGGACAAGCAGAAGAGACGGGUUAACAUUACCGAUGUUAACUGGCAGCUUGAGCACGCUCGUGAAGCAAGCCGUUUCAACUCCGAUAUUAGUUCCAUUCGACGUCUUAAUCUCUCCGGUGUUUAUGAUGUUCAUACCAAUUCCAUGCUAUAUCCUGCAAACAUGCAGCCUACUCAUGCGAGAUUUGAACAAGUUGCAGAUUCGGCUGCUCCCACCGAUAGCGUACGCUUUCCUCCGAUGGACCUCAAGAUUCCGCGCAACUUUAAAGUUAUCGAUACCAUCAUGGAAACGCCUUCUGCCAGUCUUUCACAUGCCGUGUAUGAGCAACGCGAAGUGCCUGAUUUCUUGGCCCCCUUCCAAGGACUUGGGGCGGUGUCAAGGGAGAUAUAUGAUGAGCUCCCGGACGAAUGCAAGGAAUCAUUCAACAAGGCUUUGGACCAGGAGAACACCUGGAAAUCCAAGUGGGGCAGCGAAUCGACCAAUGGCCACAGAAGACAGCCAAUCAUCGAUGCUGCCAUCGUUCCCUACAAUCGGCAACAGUGAUGGUCCCGCUAUUCGAAAUUCCACUUAUGGCUAUGAAACCGUGUAUUGGAUACAACGUUUGUAUCUACCAAAUUUGCCUCGCAAAUGACAGUUGCCCGUUUAUUUCCACAUCAACCUCGUCGGAAGAGCGUACCCCUCCACCGCCCGACUAUGGAAAGCAAGCCCAAUUCGUUAUCGAUGGCUAUUCUAUCACACCUUAAUGUGUACACUACUAAAGUCAGAGGCGUUAUUGGUUGCGAAAAGUGGUAAAGGGGCGUUAUCCAGUUGAUACCACGGAUUCGACUCGUACUUCAGGCAGCUAGGUUAUUUGUAGGCUGGCAUUAGUUCGUGGUGGGCGUUUGGCUUUGCUUGCUGAAGUUACUUGUACAUUCCCCUGACGCAUUCCCUCUAUACCUUCCAAUAACAUAUGAUGCGGAAGGACAAUUGAUAUUAUUCCCGAG